AUGAAUUUAGCGGAUAAGUUUUACUGCGCUCGUGCGUCAACCCACACUCUCUGGUCGUUUCCUCAACCUUUACCUUCGUUUUGCACGCCUAAUAGCGCGAAGCGCGCACGAAAUCCUCAGAGGAUUGGCAUCUUAAUUGUUAUUGUGUGGGUCGUCUCGCUGGGAAUUUCUAUGGCCCCACAAUUGGGAUGGAAGGAUCCCGGUUUUAUGGAACGUAUUGCGGAGGGAAAGUGUCUGGUGUCUCAGGAACCGUCGUAUCAGAUAUUUGCGACGUGCACGACAUUUUACAUCCCUCUAUUGUUGAUUUUGAUCCUCUAUUGGCGGAUAUUUCAAGCUGCUCGCAAACGAAUACGAAAACGUCCAGGAGCGGCAUAUCAACCGGCUCAUGAGAGAAGAGGGAUCCUCAGGCUUAUAAAGACUGGACCACGAGAACAGUCAACAGCGUUUACAAUAACGCCCUCGACACCCGAUCAUUCGUCGGUAUCGCCAGAGAAGACAUCGUCAAAUGGCGCGAAUCCUAGUCAAACAUUAACGAGCACGGUGACAACGACGACGACGACGACGACGACGACAAUGGCGGUAGUAACGACACCAGGUACACAAGCGCCACAAAUAACAACGACUAAAAAAAAUCGUGAGACAAUAGAAGCCAAACGGGAGAGGAAAGCUGCUAAAACAUUAGCAAUAAUAACAGGAGCUUUUGUUGCAUGCUGGCUGCCAUUUUUUGUAGUGACGCUACUACAGGCAUUGUGUUCAUCUUGCGCGCCACCGGAUAUUCUUGCCAGUUUAUUUCUUUGGCUGGGUUACUUUAACAGCACUCUUAAUCCUAUAAUUUACACCGUUUUUUCCCCAGAAUUUCGACAAGCUUUCAAGAAAAUGCUUCGCUGUUCCAAGCCUCGUUGA